ACGCUGUCCGUAGAUCACGUGUUGCAUCUUCGAGUCCGUGGACCAGACACGUUGUUUCAUGGAUGGGGAAAAUGGCCCAGCGACUACCCUUGUAUUGAAGUUGAUGGCGAGCGGGACAACGAUGGCGCUCAGAUCCCGGCGAAUUUCCGCCAAGUCUUUGGAGGACGACGGUGUGAGAACCUCGGAAGGACUUGGCGAGGAGUGCGGCCGGUCGGUCAGCAAUGGAAAAGUAGAUGCUGACUAUGUCAUCAAUAAAAAGAUACAACUGAAGCAGAAGGCUGAGCAAAUGAAAAAUGACUUGUUGAGGCAGAUUGAUUCUCAUUUCAACCAUUUUGUGGACAAUUUGAUUGAUGAGUCAACCACCUUGGACUCCUCUAUCCCUCCAUUCAUAUCUGCUUCUACAACUAAAGAACAUGCUGUCAUGGCUAACAGACACGCAAGGGCACCCCCGGAAAAGGGAAAACACUUCAUGUCUCGUCGAUCGCUGCUUGAUGAACUCUUCCAAGUGAAUCACAUCCGGACUAUUUAUCACAUGUUCAUCGCUUUACUCAUUCUGUUCAUAGUCAGUACCUUGGUGAUGGACUUCAUUGAUGAAGGAAGGCUGGUCCUGGACUUUGAUUUAUUGGUUUAUGCCUUUGGGAGAUUCCCAAUUGUCAUUUCCACAUGGCUUUGUAUGUUUCUGUCUACACUUCUCGUUCCAUAUGGCUUAUUUCUCCAGUGGGCAUCAGGGUACCAGGCGACAAAGCACAGGGUUCUGAGGACGUUGUUCUUCGGUGCAUUGUUUGUGUUGUUUCAGACACUUGGCCUGUGGGCAGCGCCGCUCUAUACUGUCAUCCAUUUCCACCUACCUCCUGCUUCCCGCUUCAUUGUUAUCUUGGAACAGGUCCGCCUGAUGAUGAAAGCACAUUCCUUCAUACGGGAGAAUUUCAGCACAGUUGCAGUGAACACAGAGAAAAAUGGUGACAUGCUGCCAGCACCACAAUUCUCCCAUUAUCUCUACUUCCUUUUCGCCCCUACUCUCAUCUAUCGGGACAGCUAUCCAAGGAAUCCUACAAUUAGAUGGAGCUAUGUUGCUACAAAAUUUGCUCAGGUUCUGGGCUGUCUAUUUUAUGCUUACUAUAUUUUUAUGCGACUUUGUAUCCCAUUGUUCCGAAACAUCAGCCGCGAGCCAUUCAGCUUGAAAGUCCUGGUUCUUUGCAUCUUCAACUCCAUUUUACCAGGUGUACUUGUCCUAUUCCUGGCUUUCUUUGCAUUCCUGCAUUGCUGGCUCAAUGCCUUUGCUGAAAUGCUGCGGUUUGCUGACAGGAUGUUCUAUAAGGAUUGGUGGAAUUCCACGUCAUUUGCAAACUAUUACAGGACUUGGAAUGUAGUGGUCCAUGACUGGCUGUAUUAUUACGCUUACAAAGACUUUCUGUGGUUGUUCACCCACCGGUUUAGGGCUGCGGCGAUGUUGUCAGUCUUCACGGUGUCUGCUGUGGUUCACGAGUAUGUGCUGGCUGUUUGCUUUGGUUUCUUCUACCCGGUGCUCUUCUGCCUGUUCAUGUGUUUUGGAAUGGCUUUCAAUUUUGUUCUGCACGACCGUCGGAAAGGGCCUGUGUGGAACGUAUUGAUGUGGACGUCGCUGUUUCUGGGCCAGGGAAUGAUAGUAUGUCUAUACUCGCAGGAGUGGUAUGCCCACCAGCACUGUCCCCUGACUAAUCCGUCCUUUUUGGAAUUGUUGAAGCCUCGUUCUUGGACCUGCCGCUUACACUCGUAAUGGAUAAAAGCUUAUGUUCCCAUGUCUACGGAAAACUGGGAACUGUUCCACCGGAUUGUGGCAGCACAUUUCGUAAACCAAAUGAAUGUUUCUCUUUCACCGAAUAGUGCCUGCUUCUUGUUCUGUUGUGGGUUUUGGUCAUAAAGCUGGAUAUUUUUCUGAAACAUUAAUCACAGGACAAGUGUCAAUUUAGUGCUACACAUACUGUAAGUAUUCAUCCUCUGUUUAGAGAUGGGAGGAAUGCCAGAAACAAAAUAUUGACUGGAGAAGAGGGACCUCCACAUCUUUUAAAUACAUUUUUUUUUCUCUCCCUGACAUCUUCUCCCAACAACCAUACAGAAAGUGAUGAAAAUGUUAAACUUGACUGUUUACAUGUGACUAGCAAAUAUAUAUGCACAAACAUGUUUACGGAUAUGUAUAAUUUUAUAAUUCGAUACCGCAAUGCAAAGUUAAAGCAGGAAUAACUUCCUGAUUUCAUGCUGUAAUGCAUUUUGUGCCACAAAGAAUGAUUGCCAGAUUUGCAGUUAGCAUUCCUCUUGAUAGGUUCCUUCACUUGGUCAGUCAGGACUUGUGGAGAGAGGAAACUGUUACCGUUUCAGGCCAAUAACCAUAAAACAGGUGAUGCUGAGCUUUUCCAGAAAUGUUUAUUUCUUUUCACAAUGCUGGUCAGACCCCCUGAACAAAUGUUUUUCCUCUCAAGCCUGGCUAUUGGGGCCAAUUAAAAUGACAUUCCAAUCAGGACACUGGGAAUGAAAGGGGGACCUUCUCUAUAAGUCGUUUACUUUUAAGCUGGGUUUAGUUCGAUAUAUUUCAAAAAAAUGGAUGGGAAAUGGUAUUUACUUUUGGUGUUGGUUAAUAACUUCACUAUCAAGAAUGUAAAUUAUUGGCUUGAGCAUCAGAUUGAGAAGAAACGAGUAUUCUGCCUGUAAUGGUUCUUGCAGCAUUCAGUAUAUUAUCUGAUUUUGCACUGGUGGAUUCUCAUUAGAUUAUUCACCUUGGCACACAAGAAGUAAUUGUUGAAAUUGUUAAUUGACAAUGCUUAUCAACAAAAUAAUUUCAGCAAAAAUGGAUUCCAUAUUAAAGUUGUCUUCAGAAUUUCAAAAUCCUCUGCCUGUUUUUGUGACUAACCAAUUAGAAACAAGAGUAUACCACCCUGAAUCUAAUGUAAUACGUUUUGACAUCACUGUUCAAUAAAGUGAUUAACUGAUUGUGCAUUGUACAGUGGGUUUUGAUUACAAAUCCAGACUGAUAAUCCUGUAAAUCAUGUCAAGAAAUUCCUUAAAUUGAGCUGUGGACUCAGAAACAAUGGUGGCUGUUUAUUAUAACUAACAUUUAUAUGCAUUUUAUUGUAUUUUUCUGUACUUUGUUCUGUUAAUUGAUUUCUUAGAUUGUCAGCUUAUAAAUUGAAAUACAUAAUAAACUGGAACACCAACACCCUUAUAUUUUCACUCUUCUCUAUAAAGAGAUGUUUCACUAACCAAGAUCACUGUUUAGAAAUAAAAGUUUACAAAGCACCACACAGUAUUUAGCCCAGAAAAUUGAUUUCAAUUUUGAGGUCUUUCCUCUUAACAUUUUGUUUUAACUUACCUCAGUAUUGGUAAUGCAGUUCCCUAGUGUUCCCCAAAGCAGACAAAAACUUGAACACUAGAGCCUCUGCUGCCUUUAUAAAAUGUCUUGUUUGUGUUUCUAGAUGCCGCAUCUUGGCCAAACAGGUUUGUUGUUUGUUAGUCCAAGUAGUCCCUGGCGUAUUGUUGAAAAAGCCUUGAUUAAAAUCCUAAUGAUGAAA